CUUGUUGCUUGGCCGUUUAUUUUGGAUUUUACAUUGGACAUCAACCUCCUCAAGUUUAUUUCAGCACACAUUUUUCUUCUAUCACACAAGAUUUCAAAUAUUUGUUUGAUUCAUUCGCCAAAUUUCUAUCAUAAAAAUGCCUUUCCAGAUUUCACUAAUCACCUCUUUCUUUACAAACAGAGAAUACACGGUUUCAUCAUAUGCUUUGUUGCUGGCCUAACUUGUACAUUAUUGUCAAUGAUUGUUUUCCUCAAUCCAAUCAAGUUUGGGAUAACAUUCACUCUUGGUAAUUUGCUUUCACUUGGAAGCACAGCAUUCCUCAUAGGUCCUAAACGACAAUUGACAAUGAUGCUCGAUCCUGUUCGUAUCUAUGCAACAGCAAUAUUCAUUGCAAGCAUUAUUAUUGCUUUGAUUUGUGCUCUUUAUGCUCAUAACAAGUUACUGACACUUCUGGCGAUUAUUUUGGAGUUUGGGGCCCUUGUUUGGUAUAGCUUGAGCUACAUUCCUUUUGCUAGAUCCAUGGUAUCCAAGAUCUUGGUUUCUUGCUUUGAUACUGAAUUUUAGGCUACACUUGAAAAAUGAAACCUAUAGCUUUGUCCAAUGAGCCGCAUUGCUUUGCUUGAUAUUUUUGCUGUGCUACAGAAAUCAGGUUUGGUUUUGGCUGGUUAAUUGGGAUUCACCAGUACCUGUCCCUUAUUCUCUGUAGUCAUUUUGUCUAGAUUAAUGGAAGCAUCAUCUUUUGCACUAGUGUUCUGUUGCCUAUGAAUCCAUGUAAAAGCAUUCUCUCUCAA